AUGGAUGCCCCCUCUUUUGGAUUUAUUAAAUGCAAUAUUGAUGGUGCUUUUGAUAAUACUUCUGGAGCAAAUGGUGCAGGGUAUGUGAUGCGUGAUUUAUCAAGAAAAGACACCUUUUGUGCCUCCUUAGUCUUUGAAGUUCAUUCUGCUGAAGAAGUUGAAGCCAGAGCCAUCUGGGCAGUCUUGAAGAAAGCUUUGGAGCAACAGUUUACACAUAUCAUUUUUGAAAGUGAUGCGAAAUCCCUCAUCGACCAAUUUUCAGCUGGCAAGUUUGAAGGAAACUCGCGUACGGAUGCUAUUUUUAAGGAUAUUCAAUUUUUCUCUUCUAAGUUAGUUACAUGUAUCUUUAGUUUUCAACCUCGUACUUGUAACUCUGUAGCUCAUGAGCUAGCCUUGUGGGAUAAGAAAAACAAUUCUACUAUGUACUGGUUUGUCCCUCCUGUUUGGAUCUUACCAACAGUUGAGGAGGAUCAUUAA